CCUGGGCCGCGGCCCCGGAGGUAAUCAUUACCAAAUGAGGAGGAAAGGACGAUGUCAUCGAGGCGCUGCACCGAGGCAUCCUUCCUCCCCGUGCAGUAUUAAACACUCCCCCACGCGAGAAACGCUCACGUACGCGCAAGCUCAGAGGAUGGUCGAGAUAGAAAUUGAAGGGCGUCUGCACAGGAUCAGUAUUUUUGAUCCCUUGGAGAUCAUAUUAGAAGAUGACCUCACCGCUCAAGAAAUGAGCGAAUGCAACAGCAAUAAGGAAAACAGCGAGCGGCCACCCGUUUGCUUAAGAACUAAGCGUCACAAAAACAACCGUGUCAAAAAGAAAAGCGAAACCCUUCCCAGCUCGCACGGCACGCCUGCCUCGGCCAGCGCGCUCCCGGAGCCCAAGGUGCGCAUCGUGGAGUACAGCCCUCCCUCGGCUCCUCGAAGGCCCCCGGUGUACUACAAGUUCAUCGAGAAGUCGGCGGAGGAGCUGGACCACGAGGUAGAAUACGACAUGGACGAGGAGGACUACGCCUGGCUGGAGAUCGUCAACGAGAAGCGCAAGGGCGACUGUGUGUCGGCCGUGUCGCAGAGCGUGUUCGAGUUCCUGAUGGACCGCUUCGAGAAGGAGUCCUACUGCGAGAACCAGAAGCAGGGCGAGCAGCAGUCCCUCAUCGACGAGGACGCCGUGUGCUGCAUCUGCAUGGACGGCGAGUGCCAGAACAGCAACGUCAUCCUCUUCUGUGACAUGUGCAACCUGGCCGUGCACCAAGAGUGCUAUGGGGUGCCCUACAUCCCGGAGGGCCAGUGGCUAUGCCGUCACUGCCUGCAGUCCCGGGCACGGCCCGCUGACUGCGUGCUGUGCCCCAACAAGGGUGGUGCCUUCAAAAAGACGGACGAUGACCGCUGGGGCCACGUGGUGUGUGCCCUGUGGAUCCCCGAGGUCGGCUUCGCCAACACAGUGUUCAUUGAGCCCAUUGACGGCGUGAGGAACAUCCCGCCGGCCCGCUGGAAACUGACAUGCUACCUCUGUAAGCAGAAGGGGGUGGGGGCCUGCAUCCAGUGCCACAAGGCCAACUGCUACACGGCCUUUCAUGUGACCUGUGCCCAGAGGGCCGGGCUCUACAUGAAGAUGGAGCCCGUCAAAGAGCUGACGGGUGGUGCCACCACCUUCUCGGUCCGAAAAACCGCGUACUGUGAUGUCCACACCCCCCCGGGCUGCACCCGGAGACCGCUGAACAUUUACGGGGACGUGGAGAUGAAAAAUGGGGUGUGUCGGAAGGAUAGUUCAGUCAAAACGGUUAGGUCCACUUCCAAGGUCAGGAAGAAGGCGAAGAAGGCGAAGAAGACACAGAGCGAACCCUGUGCGGUCUUACCGCCUGUGUGUACUCCUUACAUUCCCCCGCAGAGAUUAAACAGGAUCGCGAACCAGGUGGCCAUUCAGCGGAAGAAGCAGUUUGUGGAGAGAGCCCACAGCUACUGGCUGCUUAAGAGGUUGUCUCGGAACGGUGCGCCUCUGCUGCGGCGGCUCCAGUCUAGCCUGCAGUCCCAGAGAAACACGCAGCAGAGAGAGAACGACGAGGAGAUCCAGGCUGCCAAGGAGAAGCUCAAGUACUGGCAGCGGCUGCGCCAUGACCUGGAGCGCGCACGUCUGCUCAUUGAACUCCUGCGCAAACGCGAGAAGCUCAAGCGGGAGCAGGUGAAGGUGGAGCAGUUGGCCCUGGAGCUGCGGCUGACGCCGCUCACUGUGCUGCUGCGCUCCGUUUUGGACCAGCUGCAGGAGAAGGACCCAGCCCGCAUCUUCGCCCAGCCAGUGAGCCUGAAGGAGGUGCCAGAUUAUUUGGAUCACAUUAAACAUCCCAUGGACUUUGCUACAAUGAGGAAACGGUUAGAAGCUCAAGGGUAUAAAAACCUCACUGAGUUUGAGGAGGAUUUUGAUCUCAUUGUAGAUAACUGCAUGAAGUACAAUGCCAAGGACACGGUGUUUUAUAGAGCCGCAGUGAGGCUGCGUGAUCAGGGAGGCGUGGUUCUGAGGCAGGCCAGGCGCCAGGUGGACAGCAUCGGCUUUGAAGAGGCCACGGGGAUGCACCUGCCUGAGCGGCCUGCCGCUGCCCCCCGGCGGCCCUUCUCCUGGGAGGAUGUGGACAGGUUGUUGAACCCGGCCAACAGGGCCCACAUGGUGCUGGAAGAGCAGCUGAAAGAGUUGCUGGACAAACUGGACCUCACGUGUGCCAUGAAGUCCAGUGGGUCACGGAGCAAGCGGGCCAAGUUGCUCAAAAAAGAGAUCGCUCUCCUUCGCAAUAAGCUGAGCCAGCAGCACAGCCAGCCCCCGCCUGCGGAGGCAGGUACUGGAGCCCUGGAAGAGGAAGUCGCGCUGCCGGGGCAGGAGACGGGGGACGAAGUCCUUCCGAGGUUGGAGACUCUUCUGCAGCCAAGAAAAAGGUCGAGGAGCACCUGCGGAGACUCCGAGGUGGAGGAGGGGUCCCCGGGAAAGCGCCUGGACACAGGUCUGACCAAUGGCUUUGGGGGUGCCCGGAGUGAGCAGGAACAGGAACUAGGGGGUGCCUUGGUGAGGAAGGCCCCGCCCCGCCGCCGCUGCGCCUCUGAGUCCAGCCUGUCGUCCAGUAGCGGCCCACUCUGUGACUCGAGCUUUAGUGUGCCCAAGUGUGGGCGGGGCAAGCCGGCCCUGGUGCGUCGGCACACGCUGGAGGACCGCAGCGAGCUCAUCUCCUGCAUUGAGAAUGGCAACUACGCCAAGGCAGCCCGCAUCGCCGCAGAGGUCGGUCAGAACAGCAUGUGGAUCUCGACCGACGCGGCUGCCUCCGUGCUCGAGCCUCUCAAGGUUGUGUGGGCCAAGUGCAGUGGCUACCCCUCCUACCCAGCGCUGAUCAUCGACCCCAAGAUGCCGCGUGUGCCUGGCCACCACAACGGGGUUACCAUCCCUGCCCCCCCUCUGGACGUGCUGAAGAUUGGGGAACACAUGCAGACCAAGGCAGACGAGAAGCUCUUUCUGGUUCUGUUCUUUGACAACAAGAGAAGCUGGCAGUGGCUCCCCAAGUCCAAGAUGGUCCCGCUGGGCAUCGAUGAGACGAUUGACAAGCUGAAGAUGAUGGAGGGGAGGAACUCGAGCAUCCGCAAGGCCGUGCGCAUCGCCUUCGACCGCGCCAUGACCCAUCUGAGCCGUGUGCAUGGGGAGCCGGCCAGCGACCUGAGCGACAUCGACUGAGCCUUGUCUGUAGUGUUGAUGUACAUGUCUGUAUAUUGUCCCAACUUAACUUAUUCUCAUCCUCAGCCUAUUUCUGUGAUUCUUUCCCCGGUGGGGGUUCCUGCUUCCCAGUUUUCUACGAACCAUCCUCAUCUGGGGGCUGGGGGAGGCACAGUGGGAGGACGGAUGGACUGAUGGAUGUGGGCCAGCCUAGGUCUGGCAUGGGCCCGUUCCUGAGGUUUUGCCGACCUGACCUCCCCUUCUUUGAUCUGUAGCUUUUUUUUUUUUAAAAAGACUUUUGAAUGUUUAAUACUUUUGUAAAUCAUAACUCUUUGCACAGAGUACCACUUAUUUAAUAAGACGGGAUGUAAAUUUACCGUACAAACGUGUAUUUUAAGAAAGAAAAGGACAUUAUUUUGAAUGGUACUUUGUGGAAAGAGGUGGAGAGUAAAUUUAUGUGUGUACAUCACUUGCAAAUCACCAAAAACACUCCCGCCGACCCCGGGAGGGCCGGGCCGGGCUGGCAGGCGAGCCGGUGGGUUAGGUUUAGGGUCCCCUACGGGUUUCUGCUCGUCCUCAUGGCCUGGCCUGACCCCACCGCCCCUUCUCCCACGGGUGUGCCUCCCAGCGGAUUAUUUAUUGUAGAAAGUGUAUUCAUUUGCUUUAUAAUGAAAAAUAAAUUUGCAAAAGUAUAUUGAUAUGCAUUUUUAUACAGGCACAUACAAUCCAACUCGCUUUGGGAACCAGAUGUGUUGGUUGUAUAAAUGACCCUGGCUGUGUGCUCUUUGAUUUUGUAACUUGUCAUCUUUUGUUUACAAUGAGGGACUUUCUGUAACUUGUUUUAAUUUAGGACACUUUGGUAGCAAUAGAAACUUUGGAUACAUUUUUGUAUGGUACAUGUGAUGUAUAUAGAAUUAGUACUUUAUUUUUAUUUUUAAGAGGUAAAGCAUUAUGUUAGGGGGAAAGGUAAGGGUGGGUUUCCAAAACUGCAUUUUUUAUAUUAAAAAAUAAAGUGAAGAUUUGGA